CGAGUGAAGCGCCAGUUGGCGGUGGCCGGAGCCGCUCGGACUUUUCCCUCUCUUCCCAGCCCUGAAGGCUCCCUUACCUGAGAGGACAGGAACCGCCUGGACGCGUGUGGGACAUCCAGCUUCUAAAGAGGCCUGGUGGGAGCGGAGCCGCAGGGACCGGCGUUGUCUCCCCUUCCCCCUUUCCCCCUCGUCGCCCAAUUCCUGGCAGCGGCGGAGCAGGAGCUCCUUGAGGAAGAAGUCGGUGGGCCCUCAACGUGUGAAUAGCCCCCCUCCCCCACCCCCUCUGUCAUCAUGGCGAGCAGCAGUGGCUCCAAGGCCGAGUUCAUCGUCGGGGCCAAGUACAAGCUGGUGCGGAAGAUCGGCUCGGGCUCCUUCGGGGACAUAUACUUGGCCAUCAAUAUCACCAAUGGGGAGGAAGUGGCUGUGAAGUUAGAAUCGCAGAAGGCCAGGCAUCCCCAGCUAUUAUAUGAAAGCAAACUAUACAAGAUUCUGCAAGGGGGAGUUGGGAUCCCUCACAUACGGUGGUAUGGCCAAGAGAAAGAUUAUAAUGUCCUAGUCAUGGAUCUUCUUGGACCCAGCCUUGAAGAUCUCUUCAACUUCUGUUCUCGCAGGUUCACAAUGAAAACAGUACUUAUGUUAGCAGACCAGAUGAUCAGUAGAAUUGAAUAUGUGCAUACAAAGAAUUUUAUACACAGAGACAUUAAACCAGAUAACUUCCUAAUGGGUAUCGGGCGUCACUGUAAUAAGUGUUUAGAAUCUCCAGUGGGGAAGAGGAAAAGAAGCAUGACUGUUAGUACUUCUCAGGACCCAUCUUUCUCAGGAUUAAACCAGUUAUUCCUUAUUGACUUUGGGUUGGCCAAAAAGUACCGGGACAACAGGACAAGGCAGCACAUACCAUAUAGAGAAGACAAAAAUCUCACUGGUACAGCCAGAUACGCCAGCAUCAAUGCACAUCUUGGCAUUGAACAGAGUCGUCGUGAUGAUAUGGAAUCACUAGGAUAUGUAUUGAUGUACUUUAACAGAACCAGUCUUCCAUGGCAAGGAUUAAAGGCUGCAACAAAGAAGCAGAAGUAUGAAAAGAUUAGUGAAAAGAAGAUGUCUACUCCUGUUGAAAUUUUGUGUAAGGGAUUUCCUGCGGAAUUUGCAAUGUAUCUGAACUACUGCCGUGGCCUGCGCUUUGAAGAGGCUCCAGAUUACAUGUAUCUGAGACAGUUAUUCCGCAUCCUUUUCAGGACUCUGAAUCACCAAUAUGACUACACAUUUGACUGGACAAUGUUAAAGCAGAAAGCAGCACAGCAGGCAGCCUCUUCCAGUGGGCAGGGGCAGCAAGCCCAAACCCCCACAGGCAAGCAAACUGACAAAUCCAAGAAUAACAUGAAAGGUUUUUGAACAUGAAGAAGAGGACAGAUGAAGCAGAGCAGAAUGGAGCAGGAUGUAUCACUCCCCAAUCCUAGGAAUUUUAGUUCAUAAACACACUUGCCAGUGGUUGUGGGCAACCAUCUACUUGAUGUAAAGAACUUAAUUUCGGUAUAAACUGGCUCUGGGCAGCGCCUUUGAUGCUGCACUUUUGAGUUGUAGCAGCUGUAAUUGUGAAUAUUACUGAGAUAGUUGAACAUGGUGUCCAGUUUUCUAUUGCAUUUUUUCAAGUGGAAAAGUUAACUGAAUGGUUGACACACAAGUGGUGGAGAGAAUUGUGCAUAUGCCAAUUUUUGUAACCUUUUUACUUUGAACUACACUGCUUAUGAGAUCUCAUUGUUUUGGAAGAAUGGCAUGAACAAGUCUUCAGGAACAGUUGUGAUAAAUGUAAAUGCUCACAAUUGUGCACUCUUUCUGGGUAUUCCUCCCUACUUUUGAAAGUUGUACACUUAAAACAUUCUUAAAAUUGCUGGUGUCUGAGUGACAUACAAGCCAGCUGACAUGGUAGUAACCAAAGAUUCCAGUUUUUAAGCAUAUGAAAGACUCUGCCUGCUUACCUGUGCUAGAAGUAACAGCAUCUAAAGUGAAGACUUAAGAGAAACUUAGCGACUACUAGAUUAUCUUUAGGACUCUGCAUUAACUCUAUAAUGUUCUUGGUAUAAAAGGAGAAACAGCAUAUUUGUCACAAAUUUAGUUAACAUCUUACAACUGAAACUGUAUGUAAGUUGCUUAGAUAAAUGUAAUCACUGUAAACAUCUAUAUGAUCUGGGAUUUUGUUUUUAUUUUGAAAUGGGAGCUUUUCUGUUUACAAGUUCAUUAAAACUAAACUGUUUCUGUAAGAAUAUAAGUUUUUUUUAAUUUGCCUUGAUAAUUUGCAAUCUAAAUUAGACACCACCCUUUUUUAAAAUAGGCAACUACAAGGCCAUUUGUUAAAGCAAAAGUCCUAUUUCUUAAUCAUUUUAGAUCUAGUGUUGUAACUCUUCCUCACUUUUGUUUUUAAAUAAAUUUUGUAUUUUUUUUCUUGAUGGGGAGGGGCACUCUUGCAUUUUUAUAAUCUGUUGCAUUGAUACCCAGCCCGCUGUAACAAGAGACUGAACAAAAAUAAAGGCAUUUUCAGACCCAUCACAGCAGCUCACAAGUCUUGCUGUUAUCUUGCAUUGGCUGGACUGACUUGCAAAACUAGCCUUGCAGGUUUAAAAUGGGAGCAUGCAAAGGGUUUUAAAAAGAAACUUUUCUUUCACGUUCUUGUGAAGUGGAUAUGACCAGAUCUACUCUUGUUCUGAGGAGCCUCUUGGUGUGCAGUGUUCACAUUGGUUAUUGGUUACUGCCUUAGGCUAUCCUUCUCACUUUAAUCCAGCUGAAAGAUCUUCUGCUGCUGGUGAUUCGUCUAACAGUGUAACUUAUUCCUUUAUAGCAUGUCAGAAUAAAUUUAAAAAGUUGUCUGAAAAUGCUGCCAGAUGCCUAUUGUGUACAUGGUUUUUAUGACUUUUAGAACUAUAUAAUGGGUACGGGUUGCAAUGCAUAUUUUACUGUGGGACAGUAAAUAAUAGAUUUUAGCCAUGCAAAUACAUUCCCAGAGGACAUUUUCAAGAUACAGAGUCUGCCAUCAUUCACGGUUUGGGGAGUAUUAUGUGCAAAUUAGCUCAGGUGUGUUUCAUUCUUUUAAAAGGAACCUUUGAUGCUUCCAGCACUUACUCAGAUUUUGUAUCUGUAAUAAAUGUAAUCUUCACUUUCUUUCGUAACCUGAAACUGAGCAGAAGCUUUCUGAAUUUUGAAGGAUGGGCAGUUCAGAGACCAGGCAUAGCUUAUUGUACAUUCAACUGUGAAAGAAAGUUAAGCCAUACUAGUGAAAGAUGAGCAACAGGUAGAACAGCUGAUAGGGCAUUGGGAGGUGAAAAAGCACGUUGUCCUCUAACCCUCUCGGUUAUUUCCAGCUAUGUGGAGGCAACCCUUAACAUUUUUUUACAGUACCUGAAUCCCUGCUUUAGGCCAAAUCUACUUGCUUUGUUGUGUUUAAUGAGGGCUGUCAGGCUGGCCAUACAACUAGAGAAGUUAAUACUGGCAAAAUGGUUUUUGCUUAUGCAUCUUUCAUUAGGUCAUUCUUGAUUUUACAAAAAUGUUUCCAAAUUACUCGUAAGUUGGCAUUCAAGUUGAAUGUUUAACUAAGGCUAUAACCUAAUUGAAGGGCUUUUACUCUAAUAGUAUAACCUCUACUAACUUAAGUUGGCACAAGGUGUCUAUUGUUAAUUUUUUGAAGAAUACUUUUAAGAUGCCUCCUCUAAAAUUAUGCCUGUGAAGACAUGUGUUUGUGCAGGUAAUCUUUUAACCAUUCUCUUUAUGUAGAAGGGGUGAAUGCUAUCAACAGUUUUUAUAAGAAAAAACUAACUUGAACUGGCCAAAUAAUUGUAGGUAUCUGUUUAGGAGAUCUGAGGAUUUUUAGUCCAUUAACAAGCUGACCUCACUGGCUGAAAGUCAUAGCCUUAUUAACCAUGUUUCUUUCAUCAAGUAUCCUGAAAAGGAAGUGUGCUGAUAAAACUGCCAUUUUAGAGAGCUACUGCUGGUCAUGUAGUUGCUAUCAAGUAGUUAUUUGUCUGAAACAAAUAUCAGCAAAUAACAGAAUGAUGAAUUAAUCCACUAUCAAAUUUAAUUGUACCCACGCUACCACAUUUUGCUAGGAAUCAACUGGUAAUUAUAAAAAUGAUAGAUUUGUCUGACUAUCUUGGAAAUAUGUGGCACCAAGCUUACAGUUUCCUUAAGCAUCUUUUUAAAAAUUCAACAAAUAUAGCAGAAAUACCUAUUUCCAUUAAAAACAUAGCCACAGCCACAUUAUUCCUUAACCGUUCAUAUCAAGACCAUGUUGUUACCAUUCUUUCAUUUACAGAGGAUUAGCAAUAUGUUAGUCUGCUGAGUCAUUGAUUCUUGUGGCACCUUAAAGACCAUGUUCGGAUGAAAUAAAGUGUGUCUUUGCUGCCAGAAAGCUAUCAGUGGAAUGGGGAAGUUAUACCCCUAUGUACUUCCAAAACCUGUUCUGUAGUGUUGGGGAAGCAGCCAGAGCAGAUGUGGGGCUGCUGGGGGGAAGAAAGGAAGGGAAUGUUCCUUUCUGCAAGCAGAUCCAUUUGUGCAAAGUUGGAUGUAAACCUUUUGUGGAGUAGAACCCAGUUCACCUGUUGCGUUCCAUGCACCUGAAGUGGGCUGUAGUCCAUGAAGGCUUUUUCCAUAAUAAAAUGUAUUAUUUUUAAGGUG